AUGAAUUACACUGGCUCACUGCUCAGCAAGAGUUUCUCAUUUUGGGAAAAAAAUGGUUCCAUAAUGCUGCCGGGAGAUAUUAAUGUACAGUGGAGGGAUUAUCGGGAAAUUGUUCAGCCAGACAAAGCAAGUUUCUGGGUGAUGCUGGGAAGUUUAUUAUUAUUUAUUGUAUGGAUCGUUUUCAUAACAUACUAUAUGUCUCGAGUUGUUGGUCCAAUCGUUGCAUUUGUGCUUACACGAAUUGCUCAUCUGAAAGGAUAUGAUGUACAAAUAUCCAUGGGUUCAUUUUCCAUUAGUUUCCUUUCCGGUAAAAUAAUGUUUCGCGAUUUUCGAUGUAUGUGUCAAAAUUUCUUAUUCUGCUGCAACGAUGGAUGGAUUAUCUUUUCGUAUUGGAAUUACAUUCCAUCAGAUUAUGCGCAUAAAAGUAAUAUUUCGAGAUUACAUGUAUCGUUAAAUGGUCUACAGCUGCAUAUCUAUAACCGUUUAUCAAAUUAUCGGUCUUUGGCAAAAUAUUUUGGUCUUGAAAAAUUGUUUAUUCCUUUGAAGGAUGAAAAUGACAAAGUACGACGGUUUACAACAGAAGAAGAAGCGGAAUGGGACAAGUGUUAUGAUAAUUUAUGGUCUUUAAUUGGAUAUAUUAAAUUAGAUAUCAGUUCGGGACGCCUAGUUGCUGGAAACGUACUUCUUCCGUCAAUGAUUGUUUCAUCUUUUGAAAAUUAUACGUCAGAAGUUUCACUCAAGGAAUAUGGCAAAGGUGAUGACGUGGCUUUACUUAGCAUUGUUGGUGGCACAGAAAACGUUCGUGUCACACUAGUACAGUGUAGUCAAUUUUUGGAAAAAAAAUCGCCGAAUUUUAAUGGUCGAUGCGAUCCACCACCUCGAACAAUGGGUGAUGGUUUCUCAAUUGUUCAAACGGCUCAUCUCAAUUUCUUUUAUAGUCAGUCUAUUCCGGGUGUUGUGAAGGAAGGUAAACAAUCAAUGACUGAGGAUCUUCCCGUUUGGGAAUCUGUGUGGCGAUUUGAUAAAAAUACCGUUUUUUCAUAUGGUCCAUGGGCUGACGCUCAGCGUGUUCUUCUCUAUGAUUUUUUCUUUCCACCUGAGUAUCGUAAUUUGGAAGUAACAGUAAUGCCGAAAGAAGGUGAACGGCGAAUUUUGUUAUCACACGAUAUGAGAAUUUCACUCUGGAAUGACGCAGCGAUUGACAUUUGGUUUAUGAGAGGGGACGAACUGAAUGCUUUGCAUUUGCUGGUUAAGCAAGGCUCAUCUGUCGAUUUGAAAUUGCCUUGGAUAACAACAGAGAAGGGAUAUGAGACUGUUCUUCGUUGCUGUUUUUUAUUUGUUGAAUCGUCCACUUCUCUCGCAUAUCCCAAAUUUUUCCAAUGUGAAACUCUUCGUUUAACACUCACUGUUCAUUAUCCACGCAUCUUCAAUGGACACCAAGUUUGGAAAUAUGCUAUUAAAAUUAAUAAAGCCAGCACUUGGAUUGUGUGGGAUCAUAAGCAUUUUUUUGUUGAUUUAAUCAAUGAAUGGGCUUCAAAUUCACGUAUAGAUUUGUUUAAAUUCAUCCCAUGCACAUGGGAAUUUGAAAUUAAUGCUAUGGAUAGUUUUGAACUUACACUGUUGCUGAACGAACACAAUUGGAUUGACGCGAGUUCUUCAGUAUCCGCGGAGAAUCAUUUAGCUGCUAUUGUGGGUAAAAAUGUAACGAUAUCGUUUGCAUUGCCAUUUCUCGACUUUUACCCUAAAACAAUAACAACUGUUUACGAAAUUAAAGCCCAAGGUAUGGUUGCAUUACGCAUAUGGUUACCACCUAAAAGUCCUCUCUACAGUAUUUUGCAUUCUCUUCUUAAAUACGCCUCUUUCACUGCUCCUUCUCCAACAGUCGAGGAUUUACCAGCUGUAUUACAUUUAGCGCAGGAUUGGGUAGAAUUGUGGAGAACUGAAAGGGUCACACUGCUGUUUAAAUAUACUAAUCAUCCCUUAUAUUAUGAUCCCCCAUCCGACCUUCCGCUGAAUGUAGUCAAAUCAACAACAAAAAAACAAACAACUCCAAUCACUUUACCUCCUGAUCAUUUAUCAUUUGAGAUUAAUAUAAGCGACUCCGAAAUCAUACUAGUAGGCUUGCUCAUUCGUUUCAUGAUUGAUCUGAAAAAUAAUUAUUUCGGAUUAUUUGAUCAGCUCACUGAUGUUGGAAAAAUUAACAGCGACACUUCGCCAUGUCCACUUUACGGCAACAUCAUUUCCAGUGAAUGUGAGCGAUACCGACCGCUUUCGUUGAGCCUCUACUUACGCAUUGAUAAAAUUAAAGGACUUUGCUUGGUUCACAGUUCAAAAAUGAACUCAACUGCAGAUAGUUGUCCAGAAGUUCGAGUUGAUGAACUAGUUUUGGAACUUGUUAAAGAUGCAUACGGUGCAAUGGUUCAGGUUGCUUUCGGGACAGCUUCGGUGAAAUUCAAGCCAUGCCCCGAAUUUCCAAGUACUGCGAAUUGUUUAUUGGUACUGGAAACGUUUUCAUUUCGUGGCCAGGCCUUUUUUUCUGAUGUGGAUAUUCCGUGGGACGCUGCAACGCUUGAAUAUGGUUGGCUUAUGGAAAUUUCUGUCGGGCAAUUCUUUGGUAAACUUCAUUCCUCCCAGAUUGCUGUACUUGUACAGUGCAUCGAAUCAUUAACUGUAUUGGCUGUUUGCUCCGAUGAUAAAUUAUUAAUACCUGAAAAAUAUGAUUUUUGCAUUCAUAUGAAUGAUCCUCGUACAUGUCCAUAUGCUGCAAUAAACUUAAUUCAUCGGAAAGCAGCAGUCCAAAAUUGUGAAUCCGAAGAGAACUUAAAAUAUAAAUCAUUACGAAUUAGCAUUGAGCAAGUGAAAGUAAUUAUUAUGGAAGAACGAAGUGCAUUUCAAUUGGAACUGUCACCUAUUCGUUUGGCUUGUUGCAGUUGUCACAAUGCAUCAUUUUGCUCUAAUAUUCUUCUGAAACUUCCUUCAAUUCAGCUGAAGCAGUUUGUGUCUGUUUUGACAAGGGAAGUAGAAAAGUGGAUUGAGUGUGGCUCUGUUUCAUUGAGUGACGUAAGUUUCGACGUGUGCUUGCCUUACAAAGUGUCUGAAGCACAUCUGUUCUUCGAACAAAAAAAUUUCCUUAAUAAACACGAUAAACGUACCAAGAGACUUUAUUUUCUAUGGGAUGAUUCAAAUAGUUGCGCCUGCUUUGGUCACACUUGGUUUUUUGGUCCUGUUGACACAGUUGGGCUAUCGCUGAUGCGCGAACUUAAUAAGCCCUCUUUACCGAGCAGUAUUAGAAGUGAGAAGAAUGUGCAGCCUGUUAUUGGUCAAAGUAUUAUUCAUGAGGGCAGAUGGAUGAUUAGUGCGAAAAAUCUAACGGAGCAGAAAAACCUUGCUGUCACUGAAGAAAGCGGAAAAGAGGAAACUAUGAGUGAAAGGAAGGCAUCCUCUAACGAAUCUUUCCAUUCGACGUUUUCAUCAACUGAUGUUAAUGUAUAUCAUCAUAUGGUUGGUCCAAUACUUUCAUCGACAAUCCUUCAUGAAAGUUAUGCUUCGUUUUUAAGUGUUUACGAAAAUGGAAUGACAAAUGACAACAAUUCGAAAUUGAAAUCCAGCUUCUUCCGAAAGAUAACAUCUGGAAUCAAUGAACUUCUAUUAACCAAACAAGAAGAAAAGCAGAAAUUUGCUAUGAAAAAAGAUGUUAGUGCUGCUGAAUCAUCUAGUGAUGCCGAUAUUUCUGACCAACAUACGAUGAAAAUAAAUGGCAUUUUGGGUACUCAAUUGCACAUCUUUAUAACACCGCUGGCUGUAGAAGUGACACAACGCAUUAUGGAGCAAAUAUCGGCUGGGUUCAUGCUUGUAAAUCCCGUUUUUAUUGUUCAGCAUCUUUACACGUUGUGUUCCUUCCGACACCAUUCUCAACCUCUUACAAAUGAUCUAAGUAAAGAAUUAGACAACAAAAAAGGUCAGUUGUGUUUGCACGGCAGUAUUACGUUUCCCGACAUCAAUGUCAUUUUCUUCCAGUGUGGAAUGAUUGAAAAAACUAUCCACUCUACAUCGCUUGAAGAUUCUGUAUCUCGUCUAACUCGAAACAGUGUUAUUCUAUUGCGUUUUCAUAAAACCAUUUUAUUUCUUUCAAGCAAUGACUCCCACAGAAAGAAAAGUUUUCCGGGAAUGGAAUUUACCUUGAAAGGUCAUGCACAAUUUCUCCAGUUGGUUGAGUCAUGGAAAUUGGACUUCGCCUACAUUAAAUCUUUUUCCCUUAAAUAUUGUACAAAUUGGAACCAGCUUAAUUUAAACAAUCGUUUUGGCGGAUAUGAUCUAAGAGUUGUUAUAGAUAGUGAGCUUCCUGAUAUUACGUUAAGAGUAAAUAGCAGUGGAGUGAAUAGUAAAUUACAUUCAUCAGGUCUACAGGAUCAGCUGUCUUUAUUGAUCGGACCGUGUACACUAACAAUCGGUUUAUGUAAACCGAUUGGGCAAACAGCCAGCAUGGAAUGGCCAUUUUUUGAUGUGUUUGCACCUUGUGUGACCUCCUGGAUAUAUGCUAUUGAUCGCUUAAGCGAAAGUUUAACAAAAAAUAUAGCAGCCGUAGAUGAAUGGAUAGAUUUUGCAUUAAUAAGAUUGCUAUUGGAAGUAAUGGAUUGCAAUAAUGGUCAGCUAUUUGUAUUCGAAAAAAGCUGUUUUUCGGAUGUGCAGCUAUAUAAUAAGGCUGCAGCUUCAUGUCCCAGUUGUAUGUUAGCGACAAUUUUGUUGCGUUAUGCUGCUCAGGAAGAUCUCAGUGGUUAUUGGCAACAAGCCGAUUAUUCGGAAAUGAGACAUUAUUUGAACGAAACACGAAGAAAACAAGCAUUAGUAGCCCUACUUAGCCAUUGGCAAACUAUUAUUUGUUCGCAAGUUAAGAUCUCAAAUAUUGAGUUGGCACACAGGUAUCUUAAACAUCACUUGAAAAGUCCAACGAGUUCACACGAAGUUCGUAUAACUAUUGAUUCAAGCAAGCCGAGUAGUGCUAUUGAUAAAAAUGAUUGUAACAGUAGUGCUUGUUCAACUGCCGAACCUCAUCAAAUGGACUUAUAUUACUGGGUUUUGGCUAAGCAUCUUGAACAUAAAGAAGCGGCAACGCGAAAUAGAACUACCAAGAAGCUCCUAGACGAUGCACCAGUAAAUGCUAUGGAAAUUGCUUUAUCUGCUUUCUUUUGGAGUUUUUAUAAGGCACGUGGACUUGAAUCUUCAAAAGCAAGUAUUCUAUUACCGGUGAAUAACAUUGAUGCUAAGUUUUUGAUUGAAUUAAUAUCGGUGAAGAUUGAUAUACUGGAACCAAAAAUGAUUUCUGCUCCAAAUGUCAACUACUUGUCAACAACUAGACACCAUCUGUUACACCUGGAUUCACUUGAUAUGAUGGGACAAAUUCAUACAGAAUCGCUUUUUGAUGAACUUAAACUUCAGCCCACAAGGAUUUCCGUAUUUUUGUCCUAUAAUUCAUCUGUGCAAAAUAUUCGUAUUGUAUUUCCCUUUGUGGCUGUCUGUCUUAUCAACGACCUUUCACGUGUGACUCGUUCCUGUGCUUCAGCUUUCACACAUUUGAAAAUGGCCAGAACAUAUAAAUCACCAAAGGAAACGAUAUGCAUUUCAAAAUCUCCUUCAAAUCUUGCAGCUUCUGAAUCAACAUACUGGUUACAUAAUGUAAUCGAUAAACUGCGAGAUUAUUUGGGUUCACGAAUUAGCGCAAUGCAGUUCAGUGAUGAGAUCUUAGAAAUGAAGGUGAAUGGCAAUAUGGAUAUUAAAGUUGCUGUUCUUGAAAUGACACUUACUCACUUAUAUAUUUCAGCGACACUGAAAAGAAUACGGCUUGAACAUAUGAAUCGACGGGAUAAAAUAACAGACAAUAAGAUAUUGGAUGAAUUGAAUGCAUCCAUUCAGCGUGCUAAUCUGAUUUUGUCCGAGUUUGUAAUGGGUCAUGAUGCCAAACAUAUAGUUAGCUUUUUGGUGAAGACGAGCUCGUUAAAAUUCGAAAGGGAGAAACAUAUCAAAGGGUUAGUGAGAAGUCGUAUCAAAGUAUUGAUUGGUGAUGUUGAAGGUGAUACGCCUAUUCAUGCUCAGAAUCUUCAUGAAGUGGUUCUCAGGAACGUUUCUCAAUUGAAUGAACAGAUAACUCGUCUGGAAUACAACUCCCCAACGCCCGUUGGUGAAUAUUCAGCUCAUUUGCAACAGCGACAGGGUGUAGUGGUUGUGAAUUUUGAACUUCUAAUAAGCAGCAUUGAAUUAUCUGCUCAAUUAUUACCUUCAUUGAAAGUCAAGUAUCGACUUGAUCAAGCUCAGAGUUGUGGAAAUACAGGAUCAGCAUCAAAAUUCACUGGCCGAAUUAAAAGCCACGUUGUCCAUUUCAUUGUCAUUGCACCCAGUGAUGAAAAACGAACGUCUUCGUUGAAUUCGGAUACUUUUACGCUAGUGCUUCCUCACAUUUCUGCUGAUGGUGCAUACCGUAUGCCGGAGAAAGUUGAAUGUAUGGAUGAAAUGGGGGACGAAAAUUUGCUGUUCAGGGAGGGAGGAUAUAUCGAUGUAGUCUUGACAAUCGGCAAAUUAGAACAUGUAUUCACCACAGAUUUGCUUAAUCAAAUUCUUUUUGCUGAACAAUGUUUCCGUACUGAACUGAUAUCGCUGAUCGACAGAAUUAUUGAUGAUCGAACAGUUCCUCCACCAGCACCAUCCGAACAACUUCCUUCGCAGGAUUCAUUCCUAUUCACUAUUACACUGCGUGGAGAAGCAUCCCCGUGGCUUCAACUCACUGCCAGUACACCAACUUCAAUUGCAGUCCGAUUAACGUUCGAUAAUAUCACAGCUACCUUAACGAAUCGUUGGACACAAAAAGGAGUGAAAUCAGAAACGAAAAGGUUGUACGGGAAAGCUGUAAUUGGUGUGAGUGCUAAACUUGGUCUUUUGGUUAAAACUGCUAUGUUUGAAGAAAUUGAAACUGAGCUCCAGGAAUUUGCGACAUUUAUGACACAGAUAACCUUGCAAAAUAGCAGCAGCAGCGUGCCAUCUGCAUAUAGUUACGUUGUUACGGUAAAUCGUCUAAUUCUUCUAAUUAAAUCGUCGGCAAUCGAUAAAGCAAUCUUGUUGUGGCUAAAUUAUAAAAAUACUUACGACUUUUGGCAUGAAGAACGAAAAAAAAUGUUAAAAUCGGCGCAACGAUUGUCUCUUAUGUCAGCUCACGUAUCAACACCUCUAAAUGCAGAAACAGGGGUGAAUGUAAGUUUGUCAUUGAAAGUGACCAAUGGUAUCUACGUUUGUAUGCCAUUAUACAGUGCAGAUAUGAGUGCGAAUCUCUCCGCGCUGCUUAUUUCGUUGCAAAGCACAGAUAUCAGCGUUUGUGUGAAGAAGGAAUUAGCGUGUCAAGCAACGUUUCAUAAAUUUAAAGUCAAAUUUAUUGACAAUUUCGAUGAUCAGGCUCUGAAUGAUACUUGGAUCGAGGAGGAACCUGGCGAUCCUUCACGCUCAAAUUAUUUCUAUUUUCCACAAGGUACUUAUCAGCUUGUCUCACGUGCAACGGCUGCUUCUGACUUGUCCGAGAAUGCCAAGUGGACUUUGUCAAUAAAAUGGCAAAUGUGUGGAAUGGUCAUAGAUCUUGAUCAACGCAUUGGCAAGCAUGCAUCACUUCUAAUUAGUACUUUCUCAUCGCUUACGUCCGACAUCAGUGAAGAAGAUUGGGAUGAAUUGGCAAAUGAAUCAUCAGACGUCUAUGAUGAUGAGAAUGAACAAGAUGCUGAGAUCGAUGCUACUGGUGAGCUUGGAAGUCUUGUGCAACCCGAAGAACGAAUUCAGUGGCUGGAGCGAAAAAUGCACGAACAGUCGGUUUUGGUUACCGAUUUGAUGCAGUGUGGAGCAUCGGAACCGGCCAUCGAAAAGGAAAGACGGACGUUGCGUAGAUUGGAGUCAGCUCGGUUUAAGCAGUUUCGAAAAUCCAUAAUUGGAAAGUUGAAACGUAAUGCUGUCCGUCAACGAAAGAAGUUAAUGGAGCCAAAGAAGCCUGUCGAAACUCAUGAAGCAAAGCAGGUGGUAAAUAUAUUAUCGUCUGAACAGUCAGACGAUCCAUCAGGAGAUGCUACGGCAAAGAAAAAUAUGUCGUUAAGUUUACAACUCGGUGGAUUACUUCAAAAUUCGGAGAGGGGAUCGUUAAGCGGACGUUCAUCGGAGAGUAAUAUUAUGGCAAGUACGGUGGACAUGAAUAUCGAUGUACAGGUAGGUAUCGAAUCUGGUUUAUGUACUCUGCGAGCGUUGGGUAAAGAAGAAAGCACAGGUCCUCCAUCGAAACGUCCGUCUGCACGAGAUCUGAAGUCAAAAAUGGCACAAACAAAUGAAUCUGUAGCGGUCACAAAAUUUGCAAUUCCAAGUGUUGAUGUCAAAGCUUAUUAUACAUCGCUUGAUACAGGUCAGAUGCAUAAACAAAUGCCACGUCAUGUCCAAGCUACGUUUCCGCAUAAGUACGGACGGUCUAGUCAGUGGCGUCGGCCAACUUUUUAUCUUGCAGUAGAGUUGGCAAGUAUGCCACAAGAGUCACUAAUAACGCCACAUCUCGCUGAUUUCCUUGAGCAAGUAUUUGCAACAAUUCCUGAAAAUAAUGUAAAUUCAUUGUUAGAUCUUUCAAAAAUGGAUCUGAAUGACAUAAGUGAUUCUGAUGUAUCGAUUGUUGAAAUGGAUACAUCUGUAAUUCCUCUGGAUGUUUUAUUCCAUUUGACAGUACAGUCUUCUGCAAUUCGAUUUGAAGGUCAACAGCAGCGUACAGCUGCAGCUGAUUGCUUGCUGAAGCUUCCAUCACUUACACUAAUGGCAUCAACAAGGCCACACUAUGAAGGAACUGGUAGUGUUGGUAGUAGUGAUACAGCUGGAGGUGGAAUACAUGUUGCUGCAACAUUAAGUGCUUUCUCAUUGAAUAUCUAUAGUCCACAUCAGCGUUCCACAGCUCAAGAUGCUCUUCUACUAACACUUGAUCAUUUAUCGAUACUAGCUUCGAGAAGUAAGAACAGUCGUCUGGAAUCGGACAACAAAGUUCAGUUCGUAUUAACUGCAAAUGUUGGAUCAGCAAAUUUCAAUUAUGACAUGCGUCGCCUUGCGGAAUUGAUUUCCUUCCCCAAACCAUGGUAUCGGCAUACUAUUGUACGGAGGUUGUUCUUCGGAGGUCAUUCUGUGAAAACUCCAACUUAUAAUGUUGAGACUUCGCCUGCAAUGAGUCACGCAUCAUCGAGACCACUUUCUAAUAAAUUUCCAUCAGCGCAAGAGAUCUCGAAGAAAAAGGAGUGGAGUGCCGCUAUAAUAUGCGGUGUAGAAUGGAAGGAGCUCAAUAUCAGUGCGCAAAUGGCUAAUACCAUGGGCAAUACGAAGUUGAUUUUACGCGAAGGUGUUUUGCGUGGCUAUUGUCAGCUUAAUUCAAAACAAGAUCGAGCAAUUUCCAUCAAUUUCGGUUUGGAAUCAGCUGUAUUAUCAGCUUAUGGGGGUGUAAUAUCAGGUGAAAUUGCUAUCACAUCUCUACGCAUUGCGUGCAAAAAUCAAACAACUGCUUUGAAACCGCCUCGAAAUUGUGCAAAGUUGGAGUUAAUGGAAAUUCAAAGUCGAAUUGAAUGGAUGAGUCGACCAAUAUUCAUUGCAAAAUGCGAGAAACCAUCAGUCACGUUUUUGGAUGAGUGGAUAUCACUUUUUGACGAUGCAGGCGAAGCUGUGAAAGCAUCUGUAACUGUCAACAUUAACUGUUCCUGGUCGGAUUUACAACUGAUUAUAACAAAAGUGACGGUGGAUGACCUCAUAAAGAUUGCUCAAAAAUUGCAGUCGUUCUUCCAGGAGCAAUUAACGAACAGUCGAAUGGUAUGGGGCAUUAGAAAUUCUGUAAUAGUGGAUAAAGCUUCUUCGAAAGUUGACAAGAAUUAUAUAAAUUUCACCAAAUAUCAUCAUUGGCAACCGGUGCUUGACAUGCUAACAUAUAUUCAAUCUCGACAAAAACUUUUACCAAUGCCGAAGAGUUCUGAUGGGGUGACCAUUGUGGGUGGCGUAUUGGAAUUAUCUGGACAAAGUUUAUCUUUGGCUUGCAUGCAUGGGGAAAUGAACGCCAAUAGCUGGGCAUUGUUCCAUAUGCGACAACCAACGGUCAUGUUUGAACCAGAAGCACGAUACAUCUUUGUCAGUGAUAAUCGAGAUGUCGGUGUGUCAGUUGCUCAACGGCUUAACAUUAGGCUCGGUGACAUGGCAUAUCAACAUGGCGAUACCGAAUGUAUGGCUGUUGUAUGUCGUGUCCAGCAGAGUAGGGGAAGUAUGGUACGGCAAAUGAGCUCAGUACUAGCAUGUCUUCAUCAUGUUAUUGGUGAUGUACUCAUGCGGUUGAAAUAUAUCCCUUCUAAUUUGGAUCAGCCAGCUGUGCAUCAUUCUGUACUUCAGUUAUUCCAAUUCCCUGCAUUGGAUGCUGUUUUAUCGACGUUGCAGAAACAAGGGAUAGAAGCUGACGAAGAACAUUCAGUACCUGAGGUGCACAGUUCUUUCAUUUGCGAAUUUCAUGAUUCAGUGAAUGUACAGACGGACUUCAGCGCACAAGUCAGUUUUUUGCCUGAGCUGAUCAAUACAUACAUGAAAACAAAGACAGAGGAAGAAAAAGCUGUUGAUGUAAACCGUGAUUUCCGUCGAUUUAUCUGCGAACGAUGGGUAGUAGACCCGAAAAUUUGUUUCAUUGAUCGUUUUAAAUGGAAUCCUCCUGUUAUCGAUGAGAUUUUGCGUAAACUCCAGAUAUUUGACCACCGAACAACGAUACCGAAAGCGUUGCAGCGUGGACUUCUCGAUCCAUGUGAUGCUUUUUUAGCGCAGGUUGAAUUAUUUAUCCUGUUGAUUAUCAGCAAGUCAUCUAAAAGAACAUCUUUUUAA